AUGGCGCCAGCGGUGCAGGUGCGGCGGCGGCGCGGUCACGCUCGGGUCAGCGCCUCGCAGGCGCUCUCGGCGGCGCUGGCGGCGCGGGGCGCAGGCGCGAACCUUCAGGUCGGGACGGUGAGGCUCCAGCAGGCAGACUGGCAGGAGCUGGGGGCCUUCCACUUCGCGCCAGGGGGCGGCACGUGCCAGCUGCGGCUGCGGCAGCGGAUCCCAGGCGCCGCGGCCGCAGACGAGUGGACGAGGCCGUCGAUCGGAGUGGGCCUCUAUGGGCCGUCGGAGCUGGCGGCAGCUCGACAGCAGCCGAGCUCGUGCGCGAGGGCGCCGUUGGCGCUGCAGCGCCAGAUGCUGACACUCGAUCAGGCCAAGGGUUUCGAGCAGACACCCUUUGCGAUGAAGAGCUUGAAGUUCGACGUGCAGGGGCCGAUGGGCGUCACCAUCGCUGUCGACCGGUGCAAUUCCACUGUGAGCAGCUCGCUGGGCGCGUCGCCUGACAGGAUUCGCCAGGACCCCCAGAGUUUCAGCUUCGAGCUGUGGUCUGCCCAGGUCCGGGCUGCGGAGCGGAGGCCCGGCGCGGAGCUGUCGGACGAUUACCUCCUCGCUUGGAGAGCCCAUGUGGCGGCUGCUGCCUGUUUCCUUGUGGCUGGCGCGUGCGCCGCCCCUGCAGCCAUCGCGGCCUGCUUGCACCAGGGCACUGGGCGGGUCCGCGCAAAGGAGGAGGAUGCGGAGGAUGCCCAGGCGCUUCCUGCGUCGUCCUGCGCCAGCAACGCCAUGGCGCCAUGGCGGCUCGGGCCGUGGCUAGACGCCACCGCGCCUCUCUGCUUGCUCGCAGGAACGGCCUCGCACCUGUGGGAACUCGCCCUGCUGGCCCGGCCUGGCCUCGGUGGCGGCGACGACGGCGGGCCGCCGCGGCUGGUGGCAGAGGCUGCCGCAGCCGUAACCUUACCAUUGCUGCUGCGCGCACGGCUCGCCAGCUGCAUGGGCCGUGCCGCCGUGCCGCGGCCCUCUGGAGAUGGCGUCGUGUGGACGGUGCAGCGGCUUACCGCGGUCUUGGUGGGCCUCGCCGCGUUGCACUGGCUUGCCUUCGCGGCAGCGGACCUGGGUGGCGGUCGCCACUGGCCACCGGGUGCGCCUGGCAGCCACGCAUUGAGCCUGCAAGGUGUCGCCCUCUUGGCGCUCGGUGUAUGGGCGCUGUGGACCCGGCACGAGUCGAUUGCGGUUGCAGGGAAAGUGGUGUUGCCGCCGAUUCUGCUAGGCUGCGCGGCCACUCCGACUGCUGCGCUGCUGGCCGUGGUAUUUCAGGGCUUGCCGCAGGCUCCAGCGGUGGCAGUAGCAGGGGCGUGCCUGCUGCGGAUGCCGGCUGUGUGGCCACAUCCGCGCCCUGCCGCUCGGCGCUUCUCUGGGGCGCUUGCGGCGACGCUGGUGACCUGGGUCGUCUUGUUGCCACUGCUGCCUUGGGAGUUCUGUGAGCACGCUGGCUUGGUAUGGCUGCUGCCAGUGUCGGGCUGGCCGAUGACCAACUGCGAUUAUGUGCCCGUUAGCGUGCCCCUGGUACUCUUCGACGGCGAGUGGAAUAAGACCAUGAGUUGGUUGCGCAAGCGCGUGCUCCGUAUGCGGGACCACGCGCACAGGCAGCCGUUACUCUGGAUCGAUGCAGCCGUCAGCGACACGUGCAACCUCGCCAUAAACAGGUUCCGGCGGCGCGGGAGGACGCCAGCCUACCCCUCCACGGGUUGCGUGGCUUUUGGCUUGGCUCUCCAGCUCUGCGAGGAGGUCUCAAUGUACGGCUUCGGCCCGGACACGAAACUGGACGCGGAGAUGCUGGGCCUGGGGUCCCGCUAUUCCGUCACGGGCGCCGGCAAGUGGAUUCCAUUCCACGACUUCGGAGGCGAGCACGCCUUCUAUCGCGCCUACGCUCGCGCGUCGCGCGCUCGACGCUCCCAAGCGGCGGCGCUCCGGAGCCUGGCGGCCAGCUGGGCCUCGGAGGUGGCCGGCACUCCGUCCAACCGCAGCGGCCUGGCGCGCGCAUCGUUGCCAGAGCCCGCGCGCCAGCACGCCGCCCAGGGCAGGAUGCGGGCCGCGCUGGACUGCGCCCGUACCCGGUACCCCGGGCCGGGGGUGCCGCCCAGGCCGCUGGAGGAGGGGCCUUGCGGGCGGAUGGCGCCACUGUUGCGAGCACAGCAGUCCCACCACGAGGAUUGCUACGCACUCGCCAGGAUGAUGAUGGCCAGCUGGGUGGCGAUCCGUGAACUCGAUCACCUCCCGAAGAAUAACAAGGAUCGGUACCUCUGCCAGGUCUUCUCGGAUUGCCCGCCCGCAUGCCGGAAAGGACCGAACGUAUCGGCAGUUUCAGAGGGUGGCUGGGCGGUGUACCCGGCGGGGCGGGGGCCCGGAGUCGGCGCGCCGUGGGACGGCGGUGCUGUGCCCGCGUGCGGGGACCCGCUGGCUGUGGACUCCGCGGACGAGCACGAGCUCUUGGAAGGAGGCCAGACUGGAGGACGCCCGUGCGACGUUAACAACGAGGAGUCACACAUCCUGAGGCGGUACCAGGACGUCGCUCCAGACCCAGGGCCGGGCCUGGAGCAGCUCUUCCCGAAGGCAGGCCCCGGUGCGGCCCUCGCCCCGCGGGGGCGCCGCUGGAGGUCGUGCGCCGUGGUCGGCUCCGGGACCGAGCUGGCAGGCCGGGGAUUGGGGAGCGCCAUCGACUCCCACGAGCAGGUCUGGCGGCUGAACGUGGCGCCCGAGCUCAUGGUGUCGAGCCGGAGGUGGGCGGGCGACCUCCAGGCGGAGGCGGACCGCGAAGAUGUGGGCGAGCGGGUGGACCUGAUCGUCGCCAACCACCAC